AUGGACAUCUUUCCGCCCUGGGACUAUCAGGUCUAUCAUGGAUGGAGGAGCUUCGAAAUGCCGGGAAAAGCUCACGUCACCGGCAUCACCGGUUCAGGUGAUAGUUCGCGUGAUGGUUCAGGUGAUCGCUACCGGCUGUGGAAAGACGAGUGGAUGUCUCGUGGCAGUGGCAACCUCGGCGGUUACCGGUCUGACGAAUGGAGACACAGCCCUUGGUCCAGCGACUGGUCUGGUGGAUCUCGGAAAGAGCGAUGGUCUGACAGCUGGCGCAAGGAGAACUAUGACAAUGACUGGUUGGUGGUUUCAAACAUUUUUUAUUUUCAAUAA